AAAGUAAACAACAACAAAUCGUGCAAUCACGAUCAAUUUUUGGUGAAAAUUUGGGAUGGAUUUCGAUAGUCCUGACUGCGUGGAAAAGGAUUUUCCCGGCCUUUACGGUUCCGAUGCGAGUGGAAAAAGCAAAAAAGAUGACAAAGAUUUUAGUGACGCUGAUCCGGAAAAGGUCAGCAAAAAGGAACUGCUAAUAGGCCGCCGAAAGGAUAAGAAGGAAAAGAAAACGGCUUACGCCACCUUGGAGGGUGAAAGCUCACCGGAAGAGGAGCUAGAAACAAAGAGCCCUUCGAAGACGAAAAAGUCUAAAACGUUCAAGUUCCCGACCAAGAGCAAGGAAAAGAGGGAAAAAUCGCGCGAGAAGGAUAAGGAAAAACCGGAAUCAUCGAAACAGGAGGAAAGCAUUAAAGCUCCCGAAAAGGUAGAGAAGGAAAAGGAUAAGAAAAAAGAUAAGGAAAAAAAGGAAAAAGAAAAAAAGGAUAAAUCGAAGGACAAAAAGGAUAAAAAGCUGAAGCAGGGAAGCGUCAGCGAGGAGGUAUUGGAGCUGGGCGAUGCGCAACCCAUCUUUGGCGUGUCGCUUGGAUUGGCUACCGAGCGUAGCCGUUGCCACGACGGUGUGAAUCUGCCGCUGGUUGUACGUGACUGUAUCGAUUAUCUGCAGGAGCACGGCCUACAGAGCGAACAGAUCUAUAAGGUAGAGGCUGUGAAGACAAAGCUGCAGCAGCUAAAGCGAACGUACAACAACCGGGAAGGAUCGUGUAUCGGUGAGAUGGACGUACCGAUUGCCUGUGGAUUGUUGAAGAUGUUUUUGCGUGAGCUACCGGAACCGAUACUUACCACAGAUCUGUCGUCACGAUUCGAAGAGGUCGCUUCACACUCGCAGGUCUCACAGCAGGAACAGGAGCUGGUGUGCUUGGUCGAACAGUUGCCCAGCUGUAAUAGGACGCUACUUUCGUGGAUGUUUAUGCAUGUGGACGCGGUCACACAGAACGAAGAUUUUACCAAAAUGAAUGCGCAGAACAUUGCGAUGCUGCUCAGCCCAACGCUUCAGAUGUCACACCGCUUGUUUGUGGCGAUACUGUGCCACUGCAGUACGCUCUUCGCCGACACAAGCUUGUAUAAAUAUAUUCCACCGAUCACUGCAUCAAGUCCAAAUUUACCGGAAACGCCGGACGAAAUAUCGCUCGAGCUUCGGAAACAGGAAAGCCUGCUGGCCCAAAUUCAUGCCGAAAUGAAUGCCGGCUUUGUUACGAAGAAACGCGAAGAGCAGCUAUGGGAAGUGCAACGCAUCAUUACACAACUGAAGCGUAAAUUGCGAUCAUUUGAGAAAAAGUCCGAUUGCGUACAGAAAAGCCUCGACGAUACGGUGGAUGGUGACAUUUCGAUCGAUUUAAAUAUACAAAAAUCGAAACUUUCCUGCUCGGACGAUGAAUCUUCCAUUAAAACCGUAACGGCUCUCUCAACCGAAUCAGCCACCAAUACGGAAGCCAAAAACACACCACAAGAAACAUCGGACGAAACGGGCCCAGCGGAAAGGAAAGCUUCCAUUACGGAAUCGCCCCCGAAUACGACCGCAGUGAAACAGGAUGCAAGUAUGCAUCAAACGGCACCGGAAGUGCCGGCACCUCCUUCGAUAAGCGAUAAGGUAACCGUUACGGAUAAUGGAUUUUUGCUACUGCCCCAAAACCAUCCGGAGUAUCUUACGCUGAUACGGUUGCAGCUUGAAAAUCAGGAGCUGGUUAACUGGAAAGCUCAACUGCAGUCGCGCAUUCAAACGGAAAGAAGUGAAAUAGUGAAGAUGAAGAAACUACUGGUAGCCGAUGGUGCGAUGAAUGUGUCCGCCGGUCCCGAAACAGCUCCGGUAACGGCAAGCGAAGAGUACGAAAAAUUGAUGGCUCAUUACGUGAAGGAAAAUGCACUGCUCGAACAGAAGCGCCAGAUGCUAGCGAAGGAAAUAUUCGAGGAAAACAAAAAUCUGAUACAAAUGCAGGUGGAAUUGGCACUGAAUCGAUACCGGAUAUAA